GCAAAUACAAAAUGGAGGAAAUCGUGAUUGUGUUUACUCUCGCCUAUGUACUGGUUUCGCUGUGUUUCGUGGCCCCUCCGAGAGAAUUUGUCAGUGCUGGCUUAACCGUGCAGAAUAUAUUAUCCAGUUAUUUAGGGAGUGAAGAUAUGGAUUUUGUUGGUUAUCAUUUGAAGAGGACAACAUCCACACUUCUUCUCCAUUCUCUUCUCCCACUAGGUUACUAUAUUGGCUUGGGUCUGGUGUCACCAAAUCUUCAUUUAUUUGAACCAGCACGAGCAGGGUUCUCAGCAAAUGUAUUUCUGUUAGUCUGCUUGAGUUUUGCUCUUUGUGGUGUUGUUUGUGCACGAUACUGGUCCUGGAAUAAAUGGUCAAACCAUCCAUUUGCAAAGCUGUUACAUAAACAUGGCACCCCUUGGAGAGCAGUGGCAUCAAGUGUAAAUAUAGAGUUCCGUCGCAUUACCAAAUUCUCUUCAAUCAUUGGUGGAACCAGCAUUUACAUCACAGACUCUUGGAUAAUUAAAUGCUCGGCCUAUAAAGUUGACAUUGCUCAUCAGCCUGAUGUCCAUCUGUCAAUCAUUCAUGCCGAGGAUCAUGACAUUUCCCAUGAGAGCAAUGUUGCUGUGCAGUUCUUGAAUAUCAGAGUGUCCAGCAUAACACCAGGAACCAAACCAUUUGUAAUCAGACUCAAUUCUACAGAUUAUGGUGACUUGAGGGAGAAGUUGCAAGCUCCAAUUAGGAAUGCCAGAAAUGUAGUGAUACAUCAGUCACUAAGUGACAAGUUUAUUGAGGCCUUUAAGGAACAAGUUUCUCAAAAUGAAGUGUAUCAGUUGCAAGAAGAGGAGGAUCCAGAACCUUGUAUUGGUUGCAUGCAGCAACCUGCCAACAUCAAAUUACAGAAGCUGUGUGCACUGUCUGGCGAGGGAGAAUGCAUCCCCUGCUACUGCCGUCCUAUGUGGUGUAUAGACUGUAUGGGCAAAUGGUUUGCAAGUCGACAGGACCAGCACCAGCCUGAGAGGUGGCUGGCCAGUACAUCUCCUUGUCCAACUUGUCGGGCAAAAUUUUGUAUGCUUGAUGUGUGUUUGGUUACCAGAUGACAGACAAAAUAAAUGGGGCUGUCAGACAACAGUGUACAUCAGUGAUUAUACCUUGGCUUGUUGGCCGAAAUAAGACCGUCAAGUCUAGAUAGAUGUUCACAAUGUUGAAACCAUUUUGAAAAGAUAUCAUCCUCCUAUCUGCUAACUUGAGGCAAAAUAAUGUUAACAUCAAGGAACCCGUACUGGAAAUUAAUGUCUCCCAUAACUGUUGGUUAAAAAAAAUAGAUUACAAACACAAAGAAAACAAGAUCGUACCCUGAAAAUCAAAGUUAAUAUUUCAAGAUUGUGAUCGAUCAGUUAAGCUAGCAAAAGAAAGGAGACAGAAAUAAAGCUAGGUUUUACAGCUUUUUGCAAUCUUUCCAAAAAUUAAAAAAUGUACCAGCCAGAAAUAUUUUUUAUUUCAUCAGGAGUCUAAUACAGUAACCAUGAUGACACCUUGCCUUCCACAUUUUCUUAUUGCAGAACCAAACCCUUAAAUAUGGCCACUCUUUAAUACUAGAGUAUAGUGGCCUGUUAUUGGUCAGAUUGAUUGAUUCCAUUGUACAACACAAGUGUACAACUUUAAUUUUUGAUAAAAAUACGUUUUUAUGUUACAGUUGGUGGUGUCUUGUCUCUGAUAAAGGUCUGUAAAUGUUGCAUGAAGCAACCUAAAGUGUAGCCUUUGAUCAGGCAUUCUAUCUUGUGGUGGCAGAAGACAGAAGCAGACAAAAAAGAAUGCCUAAUAGACCUUUUUAUGGUUUCUGACGCCAUCUUGCUUGGGGGGCAAAAACAUGACAAAAAUGACAGUAAAUUUAUGAGGUAAAUAGAGAAUCUUAUGUCUAACAACUCACAGAAAAUUCAAGUUCUGAAGUAUUUAUGAGUCAAAAGCUAACAGAUAAAAGAAUUUACAAAUUACAUUUUGAGGGAAAUAGCCUUAUUAGAAAGUCAUGAUGAAGGUUUUCAUUUUUCCAUAAAUUUGUCUAUAAAACACAAGUCGCAAUUGGCAGGAAAAUUUAGAGAUAGUUGUAUGAAAAAUUAACAGUGCAAAUUAUUCCUCGCCUGGCAGCAAAUUAUUGCUUUUCAAAUCUGGUUUACCCGCGAUCAGGCAGGUCUUUUUUGAUGAAAGGGGAAAGGGAAAAUAAGUACAGAAGGAUAUAUUCCAGGGGACUCCAUACUACUGUGUCAACUGCACAUGCUUUUGACACUUUCAGAAUCAAUAUAGUCUGUGUUGCAGGCAGAAAGGGGGAAAGGUUAGGGGGCAGAAACACGAGGAAGAAGUGCAGCCCCCCUCCUUCCAUCCACGCUUUGCCUCCCCUCCCCUUUUUGAUGCUAUGCAGGCUAGAAUCAACAUGAUUAAUGACGCUCUUGCCAAGCUGGGUCAGAAGCAGGGUUAAAACUUAUUCUUUUAGGCAGAUGAUCUUCUGGACGCAUUUCAUCUACUUUUUUCCGAUUUGUGAAUAGAAAGUUACAGCCACUCAAGACCACGGCCUUAAGUAACAUACAAGUAACAUACAAGUAAAUUUAUGUUCACAAGUAAAUCAAUCUCCGUGGUCGCCAGGCUUCAUAUUUAAAAUUGCACCAGAAGUCAGAUAUCCAAUCAUGAAACCAAUUAGAAAGGCAUAGACUUUGUCAUUUUAAGGGCCCAUUGAUCAAUUCAUGUGCGUACUUGCACACGUUGCUAAGGAGGUGAAAUUUUGCUAGUGUCAGCCUGAGCGAGGAAAAUUUAAACAAUUCAACAACUUGCAAAUUCGGGUACAUUUAGAGGUUUUUCCUUUGGGUUUCACUAAAUUCAAAUGAAGAAAGUACAGGCAAAAACAAACUAAGAGAAACACAGAAAAACAAGCACAAAAGGAAACCCAUCUCUAUGUGGCUUUCAUGGGCUUCAUUUGAUCUUAUUGAGCUGCUGGUAGUGUAAACUGCACACUUGCUGAUAGGGUAACUUCCGAUAGAUAUCUCGAGCACUUCCAGUUUCUUUAAAUGCUAAAGGAAACGCAGUUUUUCAUUAAAUCCAGCUUUUCUUGACGAGUUACAAUUUAAGCCAACGUUGGAAAUGUAGCUAUACACUUCUUUUGUGAAAUCAUCCCUUUUUCAGAAAAUUACCAAUUUUUCAAUAUUUCGAAAUUCUUUCACAAUGUGGCCUUUUAGAAAUGAAACAAAAUCUAUGUAUAGUGUGGUAAAGAUUAAAGUUAAAAUAUUAAAUAAAGUGAAAAUAUCCCAAUAAAGUAAUAUGCUUGGGAGCCUUUACAUGCUUCCAGAAUGAGUCACAUGACCAUGGGCGUGGCCUGAUGACAUCAUCACUGGUGUAACUGAUCAUGAAAAAAGUUAAAAUGCAUGAAAUAACUCUCAACCAACCAAAAAUGACAAGGUUACACAAUGUAUAUGAGAAUAAAUU